AUGACCACGGAGGAGACAGUGUCCGCACAGGAGAUGACUGAGCCAGGACCCAGCGAGGCACCGCAGCACGCCGAGGCUCAUCGACCGCUGCUUUCAGUAGAUAGAUCAUCAGGGGCAGAGGGGCGGCACUUCCUCAUCCCAGUUGAUGACACGGAUGACAGCGAGCAGGUGGGCUAG